CUUCUCUUAUUGGCUAGUACAAAAUUCUAAACCCUGCCCUUUCUACAAUACCAGACUGUAAAAUGAAAACUUUCUCACUUUUCAGGCUUUUUCUGCUGAGAUUUCAUUGAGAAGUCCGCCAAGAUGACGUUCCGUGUGGAAAACAUGUCCUUCAAGCAGGGUCAGGAGAUGACGUUCACAGGGAAGACCAAGUCUGGAGCCUCUAACCCACCAAGUUUUCACCAUAACAUCGGCCACGACAGUGACAACUACGCCCUCAACUUCAACCCUCGUUUCAACACGGACAAUCGUUGUUGUAACUCUCUGUCUGGAGGAAGUUGGGGAGACGAACUCAAGGAAGGUCACUUCCCCUUUCAGGAUGGAGAGCAGUUCAAG